UCUUAUACAGACUUUGUUCGACAUGUGACCUCCUCGUGCAGUAAUCGCAUUUGUAGUUGAGCAAUCGUAACGUGUGGUACUAAGGCCAGGAUUGUGUUCUAAAUGGAUCAACCUCCACGCGACAAAUCCCCAACCGUUGAGGAGUGGGACAAACUCCUCCAAACAUACACAUUUCGCCAAGAGAACAUCCAUAGACUCGUCGCAAACUAUUUCGUUCGCAGCGGAUACAAGGAAGCACUGGAAACAUUCACACAAGAGUCCUAUGUGAAUGCCACGGUGAGCCCACGCUCACUAAACUCCCGUGUGCUGAUAGUGGAAGCGAUCAGAAAGGGAAAUGGUUUGGAAGCGUAUCGUUUGAUGGAAACAUUCUUUCCCGAUUUACUAGCCACGUGUCAUUUGCUGACCUUCCAGCUACUACAACUGCAUAUUAUCGAGUUGAUCCGUACGGGGUCUAUCGAAGAAGCGCUGCUCCACGCACAAACGCUGCCAUAUUUAAUUGCGCAAUUUCCACCGGAAGUGACCAACGAAAUCGGACGCACUUUGACGCUGCUCAUCUUUGAGGAUCCACUGACAAGUCCGUACGGUGAAUUGCUGCAGCAAAGCCACCGUGAUAAGGUGGCGUGUGCGGUUAAUGAGGCAAUUUUUAGACGAACAAAUCCCGAAAUCUCGGCUGCAACGUUAGAACACCUGUGCAAGAUGGUGUUUUGGUCCCAGGAACAACUGAGCAAGGGUAAAGUGCGGUUUAUUGCAAUGAAAAAUAUUGCUACAGCUACGCUAGAGCUAGAAUAA